CGAUCUCGUUACCGCGAUCGUUUCAAGUGUCCUCAGCGUUUUCUUUUAAUUGUAUCCUCUGUAUUGAGGUAAUACUGUACUUCCUUUGGAAUCCAGUGUGAGUUGUGUGACCCAGGAAAAGAAGGUGCCUCGUCCAUAUAGUGCAUAUACGUAAGCGCAGGCGUGUCGAACCGAAGUGCUCGUUCAACAUAACACCUCUGGAAGAGAAGAAUAAGAAACUAGUUUUCCCGGUUUAUUUGUCUUCUUCGCAGUUCACAGCUCUCCUCCAUAUUCUGUCUGUACUGCGUUAUACCGCCCAACACUAUCGGGAUAACCUCGAAAAUGAAAGGCAGUAUUUGGGAAUUCGUGUGCUGCGGUUGAUCCAUAAGUACAGCUAGCAUCCAUUCCAUGUAAAUUUCGUGGCGGGCAUAUCUGAGGUAUGCACGUUCAAUGAUGAUGAUGGGUGCAUCCUUCGGUUAUUUGCCACAACACAACCCAUCAUCGUACAUGAAUAUAAUGGCUAACCUAGGUACAUAUAUAGCAUUUUUUUCUUAUACAAUACUGUAGAUCUCGAACGAAAUCACCAAAGAGAACUUCGUAUGUGAAAGGUGUCUGUAUGCAGUAUAUAUACAGUAGUACCUGUGAAUGUCGUAAUAGCGACCAAAAAUUCCGUAACAUUUUGCGUCUGCAGUUCCUCGAUCGUACGUGUGAAUGCAUAUGCACAAGAGGUUGAUUAAUAUUAGCCAGUUCACCGUGAAUUUGCUCGCUAAAUCAAAGAAAAAAUGCCUUGUUAGUUAUUCCUCGUCUGAAGAAAGUUGUAACAGCAGCGCUGCAUCCUUAGUACCACACAUCCUAUGUACGUGCGGGCGAGUUGUGACUUGAUACGUUAAUGUGUUCUCAGACGAUGCGCAGAUGUGAGCAUGAUUCUCACGCAGUGAUUGGAUAUUUGUGUAUAUUGCUGGGUUUACCAAACUGAUUUUUCAUUUUCCAAGCGUUUCCAGUCUUAGGGCGGUAUUCUUUACAAGAUGAGUCCAUUCCAAAAAAUUCUGUUCCGCAAUAAUGGAGCUCCAUCCUUCAUCGGACGGAAGCGUCUUCUGUCAACUUAAUCGUGCGUGCCUAUUAUACAUCCACGACUGAAACUUACGGAUGACCCGCGCAUGAAGUUGACGAGAAACAUGGAAAAUGUGGAACGGAGGACAGGGCUGCCGAGUGCUGGAUGAACGAGCCGUCGGGCUUUAAAAUCUGGGAGAGCUUGGGGCCGAACAUUCAGUAUCAGAGGUGAAUCUGUGCGACCCGCGACUCGUGACUUCGUCCGCCGCGCACUCUUCAUCGACGAGAAGAAAACCUUUUUCUUCGUAGACUUCAGCACAGAGAUUUCAUUGGGAAACCAAGAAACCCCCCGUUCGUGUUCUGAACUUCGCUGCAAAGCUUUUUCGUGUUCUCCGUACCUUUCGUAAUCCACAAACACCAUGCGCGAGUGCAUCUCAGUUCAUAUCGGACAAGCCGGAGUGCAGAUCGGCAACGCGUGCUGGGAGCUGUACUGUCUCGAACAUGGGAUCCAUCCGGAUGGCUCCAUGCCGUCAGACAAGAGCAUCGGUGCUGGGGACGACUCCUUCACGACCUUCUUCAACGAAACAGGCUCGGGGAAACACGUCCCGAGAGCCGUGUUCGUCGAUCUCGAACCCUCCGUUGUGGACGAGGUGAGGACCGGAACGUACAGGACUCUGUUCCACCCGGAGCAGCUCAUCACGGGCAAGGAAGAUGCGGCCAACAACUACGCCCGAGGGCACUACACGAUCGGCAAGGAAAUCGUUGACCUGGUUCUCGACCGGGUUCGAAAGCUGGCCGACCAGUGCACCGGGCUCCAGGGUUUCCUCAUUUUCCAUUCCUUCGGUGGAGGCACUGGCUCGGGAUUCACGUCGCUGCUCAUGGAAAGGCUGUCUGUGGACUAUGGGAAAAAGUCAAAGCUCGAGUUCGCCAUCUACCCGGCCCCACAGGUGUCGACGGCUGUGGUGGAGCCAUACAACUCGAUCUUGACGACACACACGACGCUGGAGCAUUCGGAUUGCGCGUUUAUGGUGGACAACGAAGCCAUAUACGACAUCUGCCGGAGGAACCUGGACAUCGAGCGCCCGACAUACACCAACUUGAACCGACUGAUUGGCCAAAUCGUGUCGUCUAUCACAGCGUCGCUUCGCUUUGACGGCGCACUCAACGUGGACUUGACGGAGUUCCAGACUAAUCUCGUGCCUUAUCCCAGGAUCCACUUCCCACUGGUCACGUAUGCACCAGUUAUUUCGUCAGAGAAAGCCUACCACGAACAACUCUCCGUCAUGGAGAUCACCAAUGCCUGCUUCGAGCCAGCGAAUCAAAUGGUGAAGUGCGACCCGAGGCGCGGUAAGUACAUGGCUUGCUGCAUGUUGUACAGAGGAGACGUCGUUCCAAAGGACGUCAACGCCGCCAUUGCGCAAAUCAAGACCAAGAGGACGAUUCAGUUUGUCGACUGGUGUCCCACUGGUUUCAAGGUGGGCACUUGCAUCUUGCGUUUCGACCAAAACCUCAUAUACAUCUGA